ACCUGGAGCCCGGCUCCUGCCCGGCUGGUGCCGGUGCUGCUGCAGCAGCUGGCUGGGCUCCUCAGCACGGGAGAGCAGGGGCUGCUGGUGAGCUGGUGGUGGGGAGAAGCUCGUUAGAGGCAGAAGGCUAAUUAUAUCAAAUAUGCCCGGGGAGCAGGUUGUCUUUGGGCUAUGCUGAAUUGCAGCCAUCUGCCGUGUCCUUGGGGUUUGGAGGGGCUGGGGAUGCUCCCCCCUGCACCGGUAAAUCACCAGGCUGUGAAAAAGUGUAAGCAAAAGGAAAUUGAAAAGCUCUCUUGAUUUAAUCUGCUCAUCUGCAUACAAACGCUUCCUUUUCUGCCGCCCCAACCACCGCUCAGGCCGAGCCGACCCCACCGUGGUGCUGCCGAUGCCGAGAGCUGCCCUGUGCCCGAGGAGAGGACCAUGGCGAUGCCCAGCCCGACGCUCAUCAUCCUCAUCCUCUGCCUCACCGACUGUGUCCUGCAGGAUCAAGAUCUGGGGAGUGAAGUGGACACCCUGGAGAAGGAGCUGCAGCAGGGCUGUGGCAGCACCCGCCGUGCCAGGGAGAGGUUAAACUGGCUGGAGGAGAAGCUGGCCCACCAAGAGAAAUACAACUUCACAGGCGACAUGAUCGAGAUCUAUGUGUUCAAGUUCAUGACUGAGCACUUCAGGGGGUUACACCUCAGCAGCAGGAUGGAUGUGAAGCCGGGUGGCAGCAGGAGGCUCGGGCACGCCAUGAAAUUCCCAGCGGAGCUUGUAGAGAGCGUCCAGGCGCGGGGAGUGGAGCAGAAGCUUGUCUGCAUCUACAUUGACAGCCCCUGCAUUUUCCAGGAUGCUCACAACAGCUCUGUGCUGAACAACAAUGUGCUGGGAGCCUUCCUGCAGAGCGGACACGUGGCUGGGCUCAGCCAACCCGUGGAGAUCCAGUUCUGGCACGACAUGGUGCUGGUGAGCAGGACUCCACCAUGGGCACAAGCAGGGGGGGUCCCCAACACCAGUGUUUCCCCUGGAGCUGGGGAAAGAGAAAGUGUCCCCUCUUUGCAUUGCGACCAGAAGGUUUCUGGGGUCCCCGGCGAGCAGACAGAGUCCCCAGCUCUCCCCCUCUCUCCCCUUCCCACCAGGAUGCCUCCAACGCCACCUGUGUCUUCUGGCAGCCCGAAGCUGGUAAGCGUGGCUGUGGCCAGGACGGGGGCAAUGCCAGCUCGGUGCCACCCUGAAGGCAUUGCCCAUCCGCCUCCUGGGCAGCCCUGGUUGGGCUCGACAUCCCCUCGAUGUCCCCGUCCCCUGGCCACUGGGCCACCCUCCGACAGCGGCUCUCUGGCAGGCGCGGGCAGCACAGGCAGCUGGAGCAGGGCGGGCUGCGAGACCACGCACAGGGCGGGCACCGUUAUCUGCCACUGCAACCACCUCACCUACUUCGCCGUCCUGCUGGUCCCGGCGGGCGCCCUGAGCCCGGCCCAGCUGGCAUCACUGACCCACAUCAGCACCAUCGGCUGCUCCCUCUCGGCUGCUGCCACCCUCUGCACCCUCCUGCUCUGCUGCUUCCCCAGGAAGCAACUGAGGGACAACACGACCAGGAUCCACAUGCACCUCCUGGCCGCGCUGCUCCUGCUCAACUGCAGCUUCCUGCUGAGCGAGCCGCUGGCCACCGGCGCCGAGGGGCUCUGCCGGGUCACCGCCGCCCUGCUGCAUGCCAGCCUCCUCUGCGCCCUGGCAUGGAUGGCUGCUGAGGCCUUCCACCUCCUCCUCCUCCUUGUCAAGGUCUACAAUGUUUACAUCCGGCACUACCUCCUCAAGCUCAGCCUCUUCGCGUGGGGUCUGCCCACCCUGGCCGUGGUGGCUGUUUUUGUCUUCAGGAGAGAUACAUAUGGAUACCACACCAUCAGCACCUCCGAAGGCUACAGCAAUGUGACUAUGUGCUGGCUCACCAGCCCGCCGGCCCAUCACGCCACCCUCUGCUAUGCCAGCCUCAUCCUGCUCUUCAACACAUUGGUGCUGGGGAGGGUGGUGAUGAUACUGCGGAGGAUGCAGCGGCAGAAGGGGCAGGCGAGGAAGGACUGGGCGACGGUGCUGGGGCUCACCUGCCUGCUGGGCACCACCUGGGGCCUGGCCUUCUUCAGCUUCGGCGUCUUCCUCAUCCCCCAGCUCUACCUCUUCACCAUCCUCAACUCCCUGCAAGGUCUCUUCAUCUGCCUCUGGUAUGUCACCGUGCACCGCCGGAGCAAGAUGGGCUCUGUCAGCAACACCUCUGGAUAACGUACCCCGACACCAGGGUGAGGGGCUGUGAGGGGAGCUCGGGAUCUGCUGCCCAGUGGUGCAGCCUGGUGGCAUCCCCCAGGCUGGACAGCCAGCACCGUGUAUAUGCUGUGGGUUUCCAGGCAAGCCAGAUUUCUGGGCGACAGGAGCUGCCUGCUGCUGGGGGGGCUGCAGCUCGGGGCCUUGCAGGCGCUGCGCUCUCCUGGGGACCCCCCUGCCGGCUUGCAGCCCCUCACUAGUAACCAGCACUGACUUCUCCUGCUAAAGGUGGACGUUUCUCAUUAAAAGCGCCGUUUAACUGCCAGUGUAAGUCUUCCCAAACCGCUGGAGGAGCAGCGCAGCUCUGGCUGGGGUCCCGCAGCCGUCCGCUGCCACCCUGUCGCCCCCAGCCCCGCGGCGGGCAGAGCCAGCCUCCACGCUCUGCCUUGUCAUUAGUGAAGGUCCCACUAGAUGGCAUGAGGAUUUCGAAGAUGGUCCCAGCUCUGGACUGUGCACAGGGCAGGGCAGCCAGCCGGCGGUUUGGGUUAGCAGUGCUGGUUGGCAGUGCCAGCUGGCGGUGCCGAGGAGCCCGCUGGCAGCCGGGAGGGGACAUCUGAGCCCCCCUCGGGGAGCUGCCACCCCACAUCUCCCAAGGGACAGGCAGAGGCAGGGGUUCUCUGGCCACAUCCCCCCCAACCCCUUUGGUGCCGCACGGCUGUGGGCUGGCAAGCGUGGCUGUAAGGCCGUGGCACACGCAAGCCCCUCCCUGACCCUGGGUUUUCACCCAUGACAGCACCCCAUCAAAACCACUCCUGAUCGCCCCAAAGCCUGUGGGGACAAAGGCCACCCACAGCCCUGGGCUUUGGCUUGCAUCGGGCGGACGUGCCAGAGCAGAGAAGAGGGUGGGACGUGAGUAAGUGAACCAAUAACUCAGCUUUCCUCCUGCUCUCACUUGGGAAGGCAGACCCUGAGCAGAGUUCCUCAACGCGAUCAAACACUUUAUCAGGGUUUAAGCAGUCCAGCCCGCAGGAAAUAAAUAGCAAGGACAAAUUGCAGGGACUAAAACCAUCAGCUGGAGGCAGUGAGUCAGCCCUGAGCCUCCGGUGCUUCCCCAAUACACUGGACUUAACCCAAAA